UCUUGAAGCCAUUAGACCAAUUGCAGGGUAAAGGGGGAGGGAGCUUGCUCCACUGAUCUCUGUUCGCAGCAUCCCUAGAGCAGCCUCUGUUGUGUGAAAUACAAGAAAGGGCAAGACGGCGGGAGUAGACUAUAGGAGGCAAUCGGAGAACUGGAAGGGAAUCUCUUGGGGGCUGCCAGGAUAGGGUUACUUUGGGUGUGCGGAGCCAGUCUUCAGAGAACAUGGCUGUUUUGUCAAUGUAAACAGCCUGUGCCAUACCUGCAUUGCUAAAGGGGAAGCAGAAGAGGAGGAGGAGGAGGAGGAGGAGGAGGAGGGGCAGACUCUGGAGGAAAUGUUGCCUGUUCCAAUGAAAUCUGUCUGUCUUUAGCUAGCCCCAACCUGCCGCAUUUCACCUCUGAUCAUGCAUGUUGUAUGUUAAGGUCUUAUGGCCAAAGCACCAUCGACGCCUCAGCGGACCCCACAACAGAGGGAAGACACGUGUGUCGAACAUGAGGUGCACUAGAGACUGAGCGAUAUCCUCACAGAUUAAAAAUACAUCCUUCAGUUGAAACAGUUACACCUGACCAUGGCUGUAAAUACAGCUAAGACGACUGCAAGUUUUCUCUCCACAACUGCCACAACCAACACAGUCCCCUUCAUCUCAACGAGCCCCGGGGCCCGAGACAAUAUCACCUCGAGGACAUUAAUGACUGUUACAAUAACAACUAAUGAAACCAGCUUAAAUGCCACCACGUUACCCGAGGUGGUGAUUGAGGGCUCGGGUAUGGGAAUGCUGCUCGUACCCUUUGGGAUCAUCACUGUCAUUGGCCUAGCAGUGGCCAUAAUGCUGUAUAUACGGAAACGGAAGCGGUUGGAGAAAUUGAGACACCAGCUCAUGCCCAUGUACAACUUUGACCCGGCUGAAGAACAAGAUGACCUGCUGGAACAGGAACUACUGGACCACGGCCGAGAUGGUAGCCUCACAGGGCCUAAUGCCAAGUUUUGACAAUGGCAUAGUGCUAAAAAGGCAAACAUGACUCUCACAACCUCCCAAGGGACAACGCAGAGGCCCAGUCGUCUGGUCUUCACAGAUGUAGCCAAAGCUCUCAACGCUUAACAGCUCUCUUCCAUUAGUUGAUUUCAGUUUGCAGUGACUCGCUGGCCUCACUGAAACACAGACUGAUGCUCAGGAAGGAAAAUGAAGGGAAACUGGACUGUUCAUAGGAGCAAGCGGAGCUCUGGUGACUAUUUCCAUUGCAGUAUAUGAAUAAGAGUGGCUUUCACAUAAUGAACAGGGUGCAUGAUUGAUAAGGGAGCCCAACGACAGGCAUCACAUAUGAUCUUGCACUGUUAUUAUUUGGCACACAAACGCCACGUGAUGCACUUUUUAAAUGAAUCAUGUUGUGUCAUUGCUGUUGAAGUGUUUGGUAGCUUGUCAGCAAAGUUCUUCCAUGUUCCCUUAACGAGAAGUGUAAACUUGUGUUAUAGUAAUUUUGUGGUCUCUGACAAGCUUGGAUUUGUUGCCAUCCUUAAGUGAAGUGUUCCUCUCCAUUUGGUUUUCUCUUUAUUGAAAAAUGAAUGAUUGUUUCCAUCUGUACACAUUAAAACUAUUUAAACCAA